GCGAAGCACUGGACCGGGCCAAAACUUCCUUCCAGGACGGAGAACCCUGCAGUGGCAGGCUGGCAGCCCACCUCCGUCCUUUCCUCCUUCCCUCCCAGCGGCGGCGACGGACGACGGCCGUUACGGAAACUCCCAAACGGCUAAACCCCACCGGACUCACCCGACCAAUCGCCCGCCCCCGCCGCCUCCCGUGGAGCCAGCGCAGCCGCGCCCGCUUCCGCGUUCAGAAGCAUGCCGAGGCCUCCUCCGCCCGGCCGUGGGGCUCCGGGCGCCAGGCGGCCGAUGCGGGACUUCUUCGCGGCCUGGCUCGCCACCCUCCGCUCGCCGCUCCUCCCGUUGCUCCGCCGCGCGCUCUCCUCCUCCCCCGGCGCCUGGAACGACCCAUUAUCAUCGGCAGCCGCCGCCGUCGAGGCCCACUUCGAGGCGCACUGGUCCGCCCUCGACUCGGCCGCCCGCCAGGACCCCGCCCAGGUCAUCUGCGCCGGAGAUUGGCGGUCGCCCCUGGAGCUCCCCUUCCUCUGGCUCGGCGACUUCCACCCCUCCCUCCUCACCUCCCUUCUCCGAUCGCUGUCGCCUUCGCCGCGGCUCCUCGCCUCCGCCGACCGCGUCGACCGCCGAAUCCGCGCCGCCGUCCCCGUCCUCUCCGACCGCCUCCGCCACGCCCAGGAGGUCUUCACCUCCGCGGAGGUGGCUGGCGGGGCCGACCUGGAGGCGUUCUUGGAGGAGCUCAAGGCCGUCGCCCUCGAGGCUAAUCGGCUCCGUCGGGGCGUUCUUUCGGAUCUCGUUGCUGCCGCCGGUGGGCACCAGGCGGCGCUCUUCCUCGAAGCUCUGUCGCGCUUCGUGCUCUCCAUGCACGACCCGGAGGUGCUCCGCCGCUUCGACCAUUGUCGCCCCUCGCCUGGCAUCUUUGGGAGACACGAGGCGCGGUAGCACCGGCCGAUGCAGUAGCGAGGAGACCAAACCGAGAUUUCCUUAUCAGCAGCUAGCGGCGCAUCAGGUGUGGUGGAUGGAGGUGGCGGGCGUCCAGUCCAGGCGACUCGAAAACGUUACCAGCACUGACUUCCAGGGGGCCAACUGCAUGGAUCCGACUGGACUGGAUCGAUUUCCGAAAACGCAUCACGUCGCCAGCACUGACGUCUCAGUGCUAACACCUGUUCAAAAUCGACGUAAUACCACACCGUUUUGUUGUUUUAGUUGGGGCAUUGAAAGGGAAAAGGCGACUCGUGGUAGCUGCACGUUUUGUUUAUAGUGUUGACAGCGUCUCUCUAAAGAAAAAAGGUUAGUGUUAACAUCGGCAUGAAGUAGUCUAGCCACCGGCCGUUGAGCGUUGCUGUAUUCUAUUGCGGAUGCAGUUAUGGAGGAAGAAAUGUGUGAGGUCCGUUUCAGUCAGACUGUCAGAGUAUCAAUCAACCAAAUCUUUUGCUUG